AUGGUUUGUUCAAAGUGCGAAAAGAAAUUAGCAAAAGUUAUUUGUCCUGAUAAAUGGAAAGAAGGCUCAAGAAAUGUUAAUGUUGGAACGGAUAGAAAAUUAAAUGAAAAUAAAUUGUUAUCUAAACCAGGAAAAAAUAGGUUUAAACCAUAUGAAAAUAAAUGUAAAGUUUGUAAGUCAAGAGUGCAUCAAGAACAUGCGCAUUAUUGUCAAGGAUGUGCUUAUAAACAAGGAAUAUGUGCAAUGUGUGGUAAACAAAUCCUUGAUACGUCGAUUGGCUAG